CGCCGCCGCCGCCUAUAAGACGCGGUAGGCGGGCAGCGCUCUGCAGAGGAGUGGGGCAGCUGUGAGCGAAGGAACAGUUGCGGGAAGUGUUGUUGCGGUCAGGUCCGGCCUCGCUCGCCAAUUCUUGCUGCGCCACGCCAGCCAGCCAGCGUCUCCGCCAUGGCUCCGUUGAUGGUGAAGGCCUACCUGCUGGGCAAGGAGGACGCCUCCCGGGAGAUCCGCCGCUUCGCUCUCGAGUCGCCUGCCCUCUAUCAGCCCAUACGGGACAAGGUGGCCGAGCUCUUCCAGGGGCUCCUGCGCAACACUGCCACGGCGGCCGGCGCUUUCCAGAUGUAUUACAAGGAUGAAGAUGGAGAUAUGAUUGCUUUUUCCAGUGAUGAAGAACUGAAACUGGCUGUACCUUGUGUGAAAGAUGGUAUUUUUCGCAUCUAUGUUAAAGGAAUUUCACAGUCUGGAACUGGCAACCUUAGCCAGCUGGGAUCUGCCUUCCCUGGGCCACUGCCUGGGAAACUUGGAGAAUCAAAGACAAACAAGACUCCUCCUGCUGCUGAUAAGAGAAAGGAGUUGAAACGUGAGCAUCUGCACCGCCAGUCCUGCAGCCAAGAGCGCCCUCCAAAUGUGGUGCAUCCCAAUGUAGUCUGUGAUGGCUGUGAUGGUCCUGUUGUUGGUGCCAGAUUCAAAUGCACUGUUUGUCCAGACUAUGACCUGUGCAGUACUUGUGAGGGAAAAGGCAUCCACAAGGAACACAACAUGAUCAUGUUUCAAAGUCCAUUACUCAAUCCACUGGAGUGGCUUCCUAGAGGUCGAUGGUUGCGUAAGAUGAGACAUGGUGUUCCACCGUUUCCAUGGAUGCAAGGCUGGGGGCACUCCUGCCCUUCUGGUCGUUGUCAAAAAUCUGGUCAGAAACAAGCUGGCACCAGUAAUACUGUCCCAAAUGCUACUCCUGAGCAAGGAGAAGCGUCUAGCAGUCAGUCUCAGGAUCCCAAUGUCACCUUCUUGAAGAAUGUUGGAGAAAGUGUUGCAGCAUUUCUGAGUCCACUUGGCAUUGAUGUUGAUAUUGAUGUAGAACAUCAGGGACAAAGAAGUAAAGUGGCACCUGUACCUGGUACUGAGAAGAGCAGUGCCACAGCUAGAAGCAGUUCAGGAGAUCGGUCAAAAUCAGAAACGAGUGGCAAGAGCAAGCCAGCUUCAGAGGCAGAGGAUGCUGUUACUGACCAGCUUCAGGAGAUGAUGGUGGAUUCUCCCCCUACGCAGAUGGAACAGGAUAGUCUUGUGUCACAGGAACCAGCUGAAUCCUGUAACAGUUCAGGGGGAGAGGAUGACUGGACCCACUUAUCUCCAAAGGAAGUAGAUCCUUCUACUGGUGAACUGCAGUCGUUACAAAUGCCAGAAACAGAUGACCCAUGCUUCCUGGAUCCAGCUCCUGCUAACACAGGCCCAACAGGCUUGAGAGAGGCUGCCCUCUACCCUCAUCUUCCCCCAGAAGCAGAUCCUCGCUUGAUUGAAUCCUUGUCACAGAUGCUGUCUAUGGGAUUCUCUGAUGAAGGAGGAUGGCUUACUCAUCUGCUGCAUUCCAAGAACUAUGAUAUUGGGGCCGCUCUGGAUACUAUCCAGUACUCCAAGCAAUCACCAGCUCCCUAAUAACAUCUGUGCAACUCUAAUACUGAAAGCAGAGUGAAAAGGCUUCUACGCCGUAGCAUACUUUUUAUAUCUUACCUAUUGCCAUGAUCGGUCCUUUCUCUGCUCAUUCUACAAAAAAUAAAUGUUAAUGUUUCACCCUG